UAUAUCCCAUAUUAUCGGCCAGAGAAGAGAACUGUACUGCGCAUGUGUGCCAGCGGCUAGGGUCUCUGCAGAGCUACGCUGUGUGAGUUGGGCCUGAGCAGUGCCGGGGCCGCUGCGGCCUCACACACAACGAGCGGGGAAGCGGCGGGAGAGGACAGGACACAUUGCCAGCCCGCUGCAGGAGGUCAUGGGACAUCGCCUUCGGACCGAGGUGACCGUCACCUCCAGAGAGGCCUAAAGCGGGUAUGAGCCAUUGAGGGCUAAGGAGCCCGGAUCACAUCUCGGGGGGCGCAGCGCUUGCACCGACCAUGGCUCAGGAGAAGAUGGAGCUGGACGUGGAGGUCCCGGGGGAUGGGAGCCUGAGGAGAUCCAACAGCGCCCCCCAUAUAAACGUGCUGAGUGAUCACUCGCAGGUAUUUCAACCCUACAUAGCCCGGGCACGUCGGAACAGCACUACCAUAGUUAACCGCCAGAGCCUGGUGCCAUCUUCCUCUCCUAUUCGAAUCCCGAGCAGCAGACUUUAUCAGUUAAAGAGGGAGGAAGGAGUGGACUUGUUGAACCAGGAAACGGCGCGUGAGCGUGAAGUGCAAACAGCAAUGCAGAUGAGCUUAUCCUGGGAGGAAAGCUUUACCUUGAGUGAUAAUGAUUUUGACAAACUGGAUAAACCUUCAUCCCCAAAGCGUGUCGAUUUUGCCCCUGUGUCACCCGCUCCAUCGCCUACCCGAGGAAUAGGGAAGCAGUGUUUCUCUCCUUCUCUGCAAAUGUGUUUGAGUAGUAAUGGCUUACCCCCCAGCCCUGUCCCCAGCCCUACAAGACGCUUCACAACCAGGAGGAGCCAGAGUCCUAUCAACUGUAUACGACCAAGUGCGCUUGGUCCCAUAAAGAGAAAAGUUGAAAUGGAAAUAGAAACCCAACCAAAGAGAUUAUUUCAAGGAACAACACACAUGCUUUCACCAGAUAUUGCACACCUGUCACACUUCAGUUGCAUUUCGUCAGACCUUGAUAGCAGCAGCAGCAUCUGCUCCUCCUCUGGUUCGGCAUCCAAAGAUGGCUGUGUCACUGACUCUCCCAUCACCUGUUCCAACUCCUGCUCUUCAUUCAUAUCCCUGGAUGAUCUAUCUCCCAAGUGACUGCAGUUAUUCUGGCCACAAGUUCUCUAUACCCCUAUUUAAAGACUGCCUCAAGACCUUGGUCCCUUCCAUUGCAUACUAGGUGUUUUUUUGGGGGGGUUUCAAUCGUGUAUAUAAUAAAUUCCCCUUGUGCUGCCAGGACUGUUACAGGACUUUUGAAAGAUGGAGCAGGGGACUGUGUAUGUUAUGUACAGAAUAGUAUGUACAGUAUUAGUGUAGAUAUUGCCUGCUUGUUCCAGGUGUUUUGUGUCAUUCUGAAGUAUUGUUUUUACUCUGUUAAAAAAAAAUGUAUAUGUUAUGCAAUCACAAACUAAGAAUGGCAUUGUAUUUAGUUUGCCAUCAAAGUGACUAUCUGUGAGUGAUGGAACACAAAACGACACCUAAUGUCAAAUAAUUAGUUGGCCUGAAGUUAAAACACUUCAGUGAGAGUUUGUAAACCUCAUCUGCAUAACACAGAUGAGCUAGAUGUUAAAUAUGUUCACAUGAAAUUAGUGUGCACACUGCCUAUCCGGUAAUCCAUGGACCACUUCCGUAACAGUGUUUCUGCUUGUUUUUCAGCUACUCGAUGCCCCUUUUUUUUUUUUUUUUUUUUUUUAUGGAUCUGUCUCUUUAAGAGUAUGGCAAAAUAUUUACAGGGCAAUACAUUUAAGAGCUAUGUGCCACCAGCCAUCACCUCAGUGUUCCACUGCACAAAUUAAUGAAAUUAAUGUUACAGUAAAACUGGCAAAGGUGCCGGUCGGGAAGCGCCCCGUCAAUCGCCCACUCAAUACAAAUUUGUACAGUGUGUAUGUUGCCGACAUGCUCUAUAAGCAGCCAUAUUAUGGGCUGCGGCAAUAUUCAGCCUAGUGAGCCAAUAGAAAUGAGUCUCUCAGCAUUGUUACUACUAGAAAAUGGCCUCUUCUGCAUUCGUUUUCCUCAAACCUGAAUAGGCUACUUCUCUUGAGUAUAAGCAUACAGAAUAGUGGUUAGACACCAGUCACAUUGCAGUGUGAUGUUACUGGAUUCCUAUGGUAAAUGAAGAUGUAUCGUGGGCUCCCCUAACAGCACAUUGUGGCCCAUUGACUGAGAAAAAAUGUUUCCUGGUCUCCUCAUGACAACAAGGGCUUAGGCCAUUCCAAAACAAACAUUCAUUAAAUAAUUAAGUUGUUGCUUAUUGAUUUUAAGUAAUUGUUACUGACAUCACACUGGAGCCUAUGUCAUAUUAGAAGCUAGCCUAAAAGAUAUUUGCAGCAUUACUGUGUUAUUUUUUUAUGUUUUAGGGUUAGUCUAAUGUUGACUGACAUUGUCUAGACUGUCUUAUCUUGUAAUUGGGGGGGGGGGGGGGGACGACACUGUAAAACACAUCAAGCAUAGAACACAAGGGGUGAUAUUCAAUUGUUUGAAAAGUCGGUUGGGUGUCUGUUUUAUCCUGUCUAUUAGAUAGGAAAAAACAGACACCCAACUGACUUUUCAAACAAUUGUAUACCGCCCAAGGAGUUUUGCUGAUAUUGAAAAAAUCAUUACCGUAUUUUUCGGACCAUAAGACGCACCUAGUUUUUAGAGUAGGAAAACUGGAAAACAAAUAUUCUGACCUCUAAGAGAUAUUUCUGUGAUUUCUCAGACUCAAGAAUACAGUGCAGCCUUCUGUCAGAGCCAGCAUACACAGACACACACACACAUCAGAGCCAGCAUACACAGACACACACACAUCAGAGCCAGCAUACACACACACACACACACACUGACAGUACCAGUGGUUCCCUGCGUUUCCUGAGGAGGGAUGAGGUGGGGGGGAGCGGGGGAGUCACAUGACACCUGCUCUGCUGCUGAGAUGUGGCCGCUCUGCGCUCUGCUGAUGACUGCGCAGCAGCAGCAUCCAGUACCCGCCGGCCGCCGCUACCCGACAGUACCAGUGGUUCCCAGCGUCUCCUGAGGAGGUGGGGGGGAGCGGGGGAGAUUACAUGAUGCCGGCUCUGCUGCUGAGAUGUGGCCGCAGCAGCAUCCAGGACCCGCCGGCCGCCGCUACCCGCAAACGUCUUAUUCGCUCCAUAAGACGCACAUACUUUUCCCCCCACAUUUUUGGGGAGAAAAAGUGCGUCUUAUGGUCCGAAAAAUACGGUAUAUCCCCACCAAUGCAAUCUGCAAGGCAAUGCUCACUGUAUUGCAUGUUUGCACACAAACUAUGUCUGUUUGUUUUAAAGUCAAUUGAAAGGACCACAAAAGCUAGCAAUAAGUGCCAUAUAUGAUGAAAACACUGGCAACAGUCACAAAUGUAUAUGCAAAUCUUAACAGAACCUGUCAGAGCUCCAGUUCUAUAUCAUCCUGGACAUGCUGUGUGCAGGCCGUGUGGUUCUGCACUGGACUGAGACCAGGCAUAAUGCAUGAAAUAGCUGGAAUUUGGGGAGCAUUGAUGCCAUAGUACCACACAGUAAUGACCACUUGUCAGUAGACCCAUAUGGGGGGCACAGUGGUUAGUGUUGUUGACAACCAGGGCACUUAUCUGUGUGGAUAGUCUUCCCAUGUGUUUCCUCUCAUAGUCCAAAAACAUAAUCUUUCUUUGGACAAAAGUUCACCUUGGUAUGAGUGUAGGGCAGAGCUUAGAUGGAAGCUCCUUUAGAUCAGGGGCUGAUGUGAAUGAUUAAACCUUCAAUACAAUGAGCUUUAUAAUGUGGAGGUGAUACGUAAAUUAAUGAAUACGUGGUGCUUUAGCGCUUUGGUGGUAAUGAUAGCAGGAAAGUUGGAGGAGGAGAUUUGCUGGUCCCAGUGUCUACUCUGUGUGUAAUACGCUUUGCAUUGGAUCAUUCCAGCCAAACCCCAGUGCACUCGUGACUGUGAUUCUGUGAGGGUUUAUGUACAUGUGAAACCGUUCUUUAACAGAUUUAAAACUACAGACAUUGUAGAAAUUUGAUAAAGAACACUACUGAGAGCCACUCAGAGCCUCAAAUCCAACAACUAACAUUAACCUACCCACUAUACAGGAAGGUAUGCAGAAUUAAUGUAAACUCUCACUGUACUAUUAUGAGAAUGAUUUACAUAAGUAUUUAUGAAGUUUAAAGCGUGUUUUCAGUUUGGGUAAACUUUUUAUUUCAUUUUUGUGGCCCUUUUAAGUUAAAAAACUAUAUUUAUAAAUAGUAUAUAUUUUAAGGUUGCUGAGCAUUUCUUUGCCGCAUUUUUAUAAAUAGACUCAAAUAUACUCACUUUAUUUGUUAGAAUGGCUUUAUUUAGGCUAGUCAUCUAUUUUGUAUUGAGAUCAGAGUUGCAUAAAUUCCUAUAUUUGUAUAGUUUUAUUCUUGGAAUAAAUGUUUCUGUAUGGUGUACUUGCAAUUGUUUUGUCUGUAUUAACAUCUUCCCUGUUUUCACUGUGCCACUGAGGGGUUGGGGGGCAGUGUUAAAGAAUAAAAAAUAUUAUUUUUGUAUUCUA